AUGGUAGUCAAAUUCGAAAUUAUAGCAAAUAAUGAUAUUAAUAACAGUGAUUCAUCAGAAAAUAUUAAUGUUGAUAGCAGUAAUGACAUUCGAGAUGUGCUAUCAACUAAGGCUGCAAAUAUACAAAUAUCUGACAUGAUAGUAAUAAACCCAGUUAAAACUGAUAUAACGACAGAAUUAUUUUUUGCGUGCAUUGAGGCUGAUGUUAUUCUUAUUAUUGGUAAUAAUAAAUUUAUUAACAGACAACUUGUGAAAGAAGCAGUUGAAAGUGUUAGAGAUAGCCAAGAAGUUUCUAAAAGAGUAACAAGAUCGCUAUUAAACAUAGAAACAAAUCUGAACGAGAUUAUGCCACAUAAAACUACGAUAUAUUUGAUACGUAUAGACAAAAAUGAAAAUAUUCCGCUACAUGACAUUGCAUCUACUUCCAGCGAUAAUUCUACGAAGGAGAAACACGAUUACGCGAAUACGAUUAAACGCCAUAAAGAAUCGUUUCCUAUGAUUUCUGUAACAGAUGCAUUGUCCAAGAUACGUGAAAUAAUAAGUGAAAGUAAAAAUAAAAUUAUUUUUGAAACGGUGCAGCUAAAUGAUGCUUAUGGUAGAAUAUUAUACGAGAAUGUGGAAUCUAUUUAUAAUUUGCCACCAUUUAAUGUUUCCACUAAACAUGGAUAUGCAGUACUAGUAACUGAUGGAAAAGGUUUAAGGAAAGUGCUGCAGCAGAAUGAGAAAAAUACGUUCUCUCCGUCGCUUGAAUCUGGGACAUGCGUAUGGGUAAAUAGCGGAGAUCCUAUUCCUAAUGAAGCAACAGCGGUUGUACAAGUGAAGGAUGUAAAACUAAUAGAAAAAUCUAAAGACAGUGAUGAUAUGUAUAUUGAGAUAUUAAUUAAACCACAAUUCAACGAAAAUAUUAAACCUGUUGGUUACGAAUUAAUGAAAGGAAAAACUGUCGCAACUCCGUAUACGCGUAUUGGCCCAUUAGAGAUUGGACUUUUAACAGCUUCUGGUCGCAAAGAAGUUAUAGUCAUUAAAAAUACACCUAUAGGUGUGUUAUCUAUCGGAAAUAAUUUAGAGGAACCUGGAGAAAUGUUAACACCAGGAUUUGUCUACGAUAUUAAUCGAAUUACUCUAAUUACAUUACUUAAAGAACAGGGUUACGAUUCUUUGGAUUUUGGAAUCGUGAAUAAUAUGAUGGCACCUAUAAAAAAUAAAAUUGAUGAAGCUUUAAAGAAAGUAGAUAUACUUGUGACAACAGGCUCGACUAAUAACAGAGAUUUAAUGAAAAUUAUUUUGGAGGAAUAUUACAAAGCAGACAUACAUUUUGGAAACGUAAAUAUCAAACCGGGGAAGUCGACGAUAUUUGCAACGUGUGAGAUUGAUAACACAAAGAAAUAUUUCUGGUGUCUAUCAGGAAAUCCAGUAUCCGCUCUCAUUACCGCGCGAAUAUUUUUUUUGUCCUUUUUGAAUGAGAUGUACUUCAACUUCUACACGGAAUAUGCUAUAAUACCAGCUUCUAGUGACAUGGACAACUUUGGGAUGGAUCCCGGAAAGAAACUAUGCAUUAGUUCGUACUAA